AGAACCACUAGCCCCACUGGCAUGCUUGAAGGGGUCAGUUUUGAGUUUCAAAAAUUCCUCUCGAAGUUGCUGUCUCCUUUGUACUUUCCAUUCGGUUAUUUCCAGAGCUUCGGGGCUCGCGUCCAGCUGUUGUGGUACUUUCGACAUUUUUUUUAUUACUGCUAAUAAUUAUUCAAUAAUAAUAAUUAAUUAUUAUUACAAAAUAAUAAUUAUUUUCAAAAAUGUGUCAAAUGCAUAUGACUUUCGGAUGAGCUGAUCCUAUUAAUCCGAUAACCAUCUGUUUCUUUUUUUAUCUCUCUUUAAUAAACACAAUUGAAAAAAGACAAAGACAUUAGAUCGUGAUCCAGGAUCCAUGCUUAGAUUUUUGAACCUAACCUAAAAAUUCAAACAAAAACAAAAUCUUUGGUUAGGUAAUUUGUUGUUUAAUCAUUAUUUAAACAAUAUUGUUGCAAAAACUAUAAUGAUAAUAGCUACAACUCUGCUUACCUCUUGUGCCAAGUUAUUAUUGAUUCCAGCUUAUCGUUCUACAGACUUUGAAGUGCACCGCAACUGGCUGGCCAUCACCCAUUCUCUCCCCAUAAAAAAAUGGUACUACGAAGACACUUCGGAAUGGACCUUGGAUUAUCCCCCGUUCUUUGCUUGGUUCGAGUGUUUUUUAUCUUAUUUCGCUACCCUUUUCGACAAAAACAUGCUCGUAGUUGAUAAUUUAAAUUAUUCUUCAGAGAAGACUGUAUUGUUUCAGCGUUUAUCGGUGAUUUUGACUGAUUUGGUUUAUGCUUAUGGUGUUCAUAGGGUGAGUGAAGCCUUACCAAAAAGUUGGAAAAAAGAUGUGGUCUUACCAAUCUUACUGCUAACAAAUUGCGGCCUAAUAAUGGUAGAUCACAUACACUUUCAAUAUAAUGGUAUAAUGUAUGGCAUAAUGCUAAUUUCAAUUGCUUUUAUGUUAAAGGAACAAUUUAAUUUAGCAGCAUUCUGGUUCGCUGUGCUACUAAACAUGAAACAUAUUUACGUAUAUCUUGCCCCUGCCUAUUUCAUUUAUUUACUCAGACACUGUUGCUUUAAUGGAGAAACCUCCUUGAAAGCUAAAACGUUUAUUGGAAACUUUUUACAACUUGGCGGAAUUGUUAUUGGGAUUUUUGCAGUUAGUUUUUUGCCAUUUGCCAAUGAUAUCCCACAAGUGUUAUCUAGACUGUUUCCAUUCAAAAGGGGGUUGAGCCAUGCUUAUUGGGCCCCAAACGUGUGGGCUGUUUAUAAUACUUUUGAUAAAGUAGCUGCGAUUUUUAAAGGUAAUUCUAAUUCAGCUGCAAUGACUGGAGGAUUAGUACAAGAAUUCUCUCAUACAGUACUGCCCAGUGUUUCGCCUCUAAUGACUAUGCUAUUGACAGUUUUAUUCAUGAUGCCUGCUAUAGUGAAAUUAUGGUUCUUGAAUAAAAGCGGUUUACAUUUUUUGAGGUGUUUGGUCCUGUGCGGUUUGACUUCGUUUUUAUUUGGUUGGCACGUGCAUGAAAAGGCUAUUUUGAUGGCUAUUAUACCUAUGAGUAUACUCUCUAUAAUGGAACCAACUGAAGCCAAAUUAUUUCUAAUUUUAUCAACAAUAGGCCACUAUUCCUUAUUUCCACUUCUCUAUCCUCAAUCCCUUAUUUUCACCAAAACUCUUUUUUUGAUUUUGUAUUCAAUUUAUUCGUUUUACAGUCUGUACAAAAUUAACCAAACCAAGGCUACAUGCAAAUACACUUUACCUUUGUUGAACAUUUUUGAGAGCCUUUUAGUACUAGGCUUAGUGGCAGUGUUCGCUUACGAACAAAUUAUUCAUAAACUACUUGGGUUUGAUAAGAAGUGGCCAUUUUUGCCUUUAAUGUUGACGUCAUUCUAUUGCGCUUUGGGAAUAAUGUAUUGUUGGGGAAAGUAUUACGUUUAUUUUUUGAGGAUGGAACAUUUAUUUGUGGGGAAAACGAAAAAGAAGAAUAAAUAGUUGUGAUUUAUUUGUAGCUCUUGUACAAAAUGUAAAUACA